AUGGCUGAAGUUGCUGCUACCCCCGCCGCUCCUGCGGCCGCCGACAAGACGAGGCCCGCCAAGCCCGACGAGGAUGCUUACAAGAAGCAAUUGGCCAAGGCCGAGAAGGAGCACGCCGACAAGAUGGCCCAGCUCAAGGACAUCAAGGCCAAGCUCGACCUCGCACAACCCAGCAAGAACAAGGACGAGCAGAGCCCCGCCCAGAAGCGCAGAGCAGAGCUGAUUGCCGAGGUCAACGAGAUCCGAAACAAGCAGGGUGCCGGAAAGAACGCCCGCAACUCCAAGCUCGACCAGCUGAAGCGCCUCGACGAGCAGCUCAAGUCCCGCAUUGCUGAGCAGAAGACUGCCCGCGGCAAGGUCAACUUUAAGAGCGUUGAGGAUCUCGACCGUGAGAUCGCCCGCCUUGACCAGCAGGUUAACACCGGCAUGAUGAAGCUUGUUGAUGAGAAGAAGGCUCUCACUGAGAUCUCCAACCUCAAGAAGCAGCGCAAGAACUUUGCCGGUUUCGACAACUCCCAGAAGAGCAUUGAUGACCUCAAGGCCAAGAUCAAGGAGACGAAGGACAGCAUGGACGACCCCGAGCAAAAGGCUCUCAGCGAGCGUUACAACUCUCUCCAGUCCGAGCUCGAUAAGAUCAAGGCUGAGCAGGAUGACGUUUACAAGAACCUCAACUCGCUUCGUGACCAGCGUACCAAGCUGCAGGCCGAGCAACAAGAGUCCUGGGGUAACAUCAAGAAGAUCAAGGACGAGCACUUUGCUGCCGUUCGUGCCAACAAGGCCUUCGAGGCCGAGGCACGUGCCCGCGCCCGGGAGCGACGAGAGGCUGAACGUGAGAAGUACGAGAAGGAGAAGAAGAAGGAGCGUGCCCAGAAGCUGCUCCAGGAGGCCAGCGACCCCGCCUACCUCGAGGAGAUCCGCCGGGCCAACAGCUUGCUUCACUUCUUUGACCCCUCGACCUUCACCGCCGAGAAGACGCCUCUGCUCGCUAACAAGGGUCUGGGUGCUGAGGCUGCCCGCAAGGUCGACGAUUCUGGCUUCAAGGGUAUGAAGGUCGUCAAGAAGGAGGAUGAUGACUUUAUUGCCCCCAAGUCGAAGGGCAAGAAGGGCAAGAAGUCCGCUCCCGCCGAGCCCAAGGCUGGCGGCUUCAACUGCCCCCCGUCGGUCAUGGAGGACUGCUCUGCCAUUGGUGUCUCGCCCCCCAUGAAAUCUGAGGAUGUCCCUGCUGCCAUUGAGGAGAUCAAGAAGAAGCUUGCUCACUGGAAGGAGGACCAGGCCGCCCAGACGCAACGCAAUGUCGACAAGGCCAAGAAGGAGAUUGAGCGUCUCGAGGCCGAGGAGGAAGCCGAGGCCAAGGGCGUCAAUGGUGGCGACAAGAAGGUCGAGGAGGCUACUGCCGACCUCAAGGACGCUUCUCUGGAGGAGAAGAAGGAGUAG